AUGGCGGCUAAAGUACUGAGAGUAAUGGCAGUUAUGGUGGUUGUUGUCUUAACAGCGACCACAGUAACCGCAAAAAUCCCCGGAGUUUACACCGGAGGUCCCUGGAUCAAUGCUCACGCCACCUUCUACGGCGGAGCCGACGCUUCCGGCACUAUGGGUGGUGCGUGUGGGUAUGGGAAUUUGUAUAGUCAAGGUUAUGGUGUAAACACAGCAGCUUUAAGCACUGCUUUAUUCAACAAUGGUUUGAGUUGUGGUUCAUGCUUUGAGCUAAAAUGUGUUAAUGAUCCGGGUUGGUGUUUACCUGGAAACCCAUCGAUUCUUAUUACAGCUACUAAUUUCUGUCCACCAAACUUCGAUCAACCUAGUGAUAAUGGUGGUUGGUGUAACCCUCCUCGUGAACACUUUGAUCUAGCCAUGCCUAUGUUUUUAACCAUCGCUAAGUAUAAGGCUGGUAUUGUCCCUGUCUCUUACCGCAGGAUCCCAUGUAGGAAGAAGGGAGGUGUAAGAUUCACGAUCAAUGGAUUCAAGUUCUUCAACUUGGUACUAGUCACUAACGUAGCCGGAGCCGGAGAUAUCGUGAAAGUUAGUGUGAAAGGAACCAACACAGCUUGGCUAGAUCUUAGCCGGAAUUGGGGACAAAACUGGCAGUCCAACGCGGUUCUUGUUGGCCAAUCUCUUUCUUUCCGAGUCAAAGCCUCCGAUGGUCGUAGCUCCACUUCCAAAAACAUCGCUCCGAGUAACUGGCAGUUUGGUCAGACUUUCUCCGGCAAGAAUUUCCGCGUUUGA